AUGCUUCAUCAUGCCAAACUGGACAAGUUUUUCUGGGCCGAAGCAGCGAUGACGGCCAUCUACGUCAAGAAUCGACUGCCGUCACCUAAAGUCGUGCACAAGAUCCCGUUUGAGAUCGUGUACAACUCGAAGCCAAGUGUCAAGCACAUGCGAGUAUUCGGCUGUCAGACAUUUAUACUGACUCCGAAGGAGAAGCGACUCAAGUGGGAUCCAAAGGCUCGCGCUGGCAUAUUCGUGGUUAUCAGCCGCGAUGUCAACUUCGACGAGUCCACCUUUGGACUUCAACUGCCGAUCACUGAUGAAGAUGUCGAUGACCUGGACUUCAAAUUGCUGGAUCUUGAUGACGAAGAGCUGCGUCAAAUGGAGUACAAGCAAACAGGCAAGCGCAAGAACCGACUCAAUGAUGAAGAUACAGCAGCCCCACGACCGCGUGCAGUGCGUCAACGACCAGGACUAGAAGAGUCAAACGCGCCGGGAAAACAACUCGUCACGCCAAGAAGAAGACGAAGAAACGAAGGAUUCUGGUGA